ACGAGCUUUUCAAAGAGCGACAAAAAUCUCAAAUAUCACUAUGAAAAGAGAAAGAUCUUCCGAGAGAAAGAGCAACAGUGUAUCUAAGAGGCGCCGCAUAGACAUCUCUUCAGAUGACAGUCGUCAGUGGUACGAGGUGAUGCUUGCCUUGGCGGCCAAAUCAGCUUGUAAACAAGUCUUUACUUCUGCUGCUCACGCAUGGAGAGAGCACAUUAAAGACUGGUAUGAGUUGACCCAUGCCAUCAACAAGUCUGAGGAGCGUAGGGAGCUUCCCACCAUACCACAACCUACGCACCAGAUGGAAUGGUUGGCUAGAGUCAAUUACGAGCACAGACCCAUGCGCCGUAACAUACCAGAACAGAGACGUCACAAAGUCUCCAGGAAACAGGACUUGAACUCCUCGUUUUACAUCUACUAAGGAGGAGACUGAUAUUUGAUAUGUCUGCAUGGGCGCAAAUGAUCGACAAAUGCCACCAUCAGAUUACCACUGUACAGUACUUGAAUUGUGUGCUAUACACUUUUUUAUGGGGUCGUGUUUGACUGUAUGAAAACUGUGUUACAUGUACAGCACAUUUUGCUGCAUUUCUUGCAUGUGUAUCUAUAUGCCAAAGUAACAAUGGAUCCGGUUCUACUGUGCUCAAAUUUUGUGUUCACUCCUCCUCCUUUCUACAUCGCAUUGUUGUGGGGCAUUUAGUAUGAAUGUACAUAGACAAUAUUUUAUAUAGAACACAUUGGUUGAUGCUUUGAAGAGCAUGCCUUUGGGUGAUCCGCCAGUUUAGUUUAAAUGGCUAAAACAGUCAUGAUGUUGAAGAAUAUGAAGUUUGACAAUGCAUUUGCAUAUUAUUUUGAUUUGUUUACCAAUUAAAUCCUAUCCUCAAAAUUCCUUCCUUAAGUUAGUUUGGUUUCAUAAAUAAAAAUAUAGUUUAAUUUUAAUGAGUUUGAAAUUCACAGAUUUACAAUUUUCUCUACAAACAUGUUUAUUCUUUUUAUACAUUUUAUAUUUGAAGCUUUUUGAGAUCCAAAGUUUGAAUUAUAAUUUUUAAUAAA